AUGGCUCGUCACCUCCGGCAACCGGCUCACCGCCUCGCCGAGUGUGAGGGCACGUGCCCUCGCAGCCAGCCCAGGUCACCCAGGACACGAAGGGCGAAGACGUCAGGCACCGGGGGAGGUGAUCCCAAGAGCGCGGAGGACGAUGGGCUGUCCAAGAGUACGGAGCACGGCUUGGAGAUCAAGGGCACGAAGGACGGCAGAAACACCAAGGGCGCGACGGACGGCGGAGACACCAAGUCCGUGUUGGACAGCGGGGAGACCAAGAGCGCGAAGGGCGGCGAAGGCAUCAAGUGCGCGGAGGGCAAGAGCGAGGGGGAGGACGGCCGACAAUAA